GGCCUUUCCCUGAGAUCUGCCUGCUGCAUAGCCAUACGUAUUAGAUGACUUUGGGACUUGCAUUACAUCAACGAUGAAGGGUUUAUCUAGCAGCCGUAGUCAUCAUCAUGGGGUUACCUGUGACCCUCCAUGUGACAGCCUGCCACAUCACUCGGACAGGAAGCCAUAUUUGUUAAACCCGGUGGACCCCCAUCCUGCAGAUCACCCUUAUUACACUCAAAGGAACUCUUUUCAGGCAGAGUGCAUGGUGCCCUACAAUGAUCAGAUUGCCAGCAGCACGUUCCCUCGAAGACACUAUAACUCCCACCAUGAACUCAAGGACGAAUGUGCUCUGGUUCCCCAUGGAACUGCCAACAAGACUAACCGCAUUCCUGCCAACCUUUUGGACCAGUUUGAGCGGCAGCUGCCUCUGAAUCGGGAUGGCUACCAUACUCUGCAAUACAAGCGAACUGCCAUGGAGCACCGCAGUGACAGCCCAGGGAGGAUCCGGCACCUGGUUCAUUCUGUCCAAAAGCUCUUUACCAAGUCCCAUUCACUGGAAGGACCAUCCAAGGGGAGUGUCAAUGGGAGUAAAGCGAGCCCAGAGGAGUCACAAACGAUGAGGUAUGGGAAGCGCAGCAAGAGUAAAGAAAGGCGAUCAGAAGGUAAGCCCAGAUCCAAUGCAUCAGGAUGGUGGAGUUCAGAUGACAACUUGGACAAUGAUGUUUGCAUUUAUCAUGGUCCCAGUGGGGUAAUGACCAUGGGAAGAUGCCCUGAUCGUUCUUCUUCCCAAUACUUCAUGGAAGCCUAUAACACUAUUAGUGAACAUACUGUGAAGUCAUCCAGAAGCAAUAAUGAUGUCAAAUGCUCUACCUGUGCUAACCUGCCUGUGAAUUUGGAUUCCCAGUUGAUGAAGAAAAGUUCUUGGUCCUCUACAUUAACCGUGAGCAGAGCCCGUGAAGUUUACCAGAAAGCAUCAGUUAACAUGGACCAGACAGUGGUGAAGGCAGAGACGUGUCAACAGGAACGGUCAUGUCAGUACCUCCAGGAGUACAUCACCUACUCCCUCACAAGCUGUUUGCAGUUAAUACAGCGUCACUAUUUUUCACCAGUAUUGUAUCUUUAAAUGUCAAGAAUCAGAUGUCUGCUCUUGGAGCUAUCAUACUGCCGGUGAAUGUUUGUGGCAGGAACAUGGAUCAGAAAAUAUUAAGACAGUUUCAUUCCUAGAAGAGCUGUGGAUAGCUUUUAUGCACUUUAAACAGAGCACUUAUGGCACAUCUAAGUGUGUGUGUACGAUGGAGCAACGUUGCGGAGAGAAGAGAGAAGACCAUGAGGAAAAAAGAGGUUUGCUAAGACAAUUUGGUUUCAUUUUACUGUAGUGGGACUGUUGUCUAUUUGUAUAGAAACUGUAACGAGUUUUCUCAUAUGGGUCCUUUAAUGUCAGCUUCCACAUUCUGUUGUUUAAGUCAGUAUGCAGAGAAAGCGUAGGACUGAGGCAUCCACAUUCUAAAAAAUUAUCUUAAAAAGUAUUAAUGAAUAGCAUGUAAAGCAAUUCUAAAUGCCAGCUUCUGGGAUUCUAAGCUUUGAAUGUAAAGAAGAGGAUCAGUGUAUUUUCUGUUAAUCUCUGGGGUAUUGGGGUGUGGGACAAGGGGGUAAUAUGAGCACUCAGUAUGUCUAUAGCUGUUCAUAUGGACUGGGGAGGGACAGAGGAUUCAGAAUAGCCUAAGGUUGCAAUUUUUUGAGAUUUGCUGCAUUCAGUCUCUUUUGUCUGAAUUCUGUAAGGAAAAGAAAUUGUUAUUUUAGACUUGAUUGUUGUGAUUACUUCGGACCUUCAGAUUUCUUUUAUUGAUGUUUUUGUUUAUUCUUUCGAUUUUCCUCUCCAGUUUUGAUAAAAUAGCUGAAAACUCAGUAUGUGACCAGAUGGCAGGAAAAGAGCAAAAAACUGUGUCAGCAUUAGCUUUAAAUGAACACCUCCAUAGGGACUUUCAAACAAUGUUUAACUGAUGGGAAUAGACUCCUGAAGUGAAAUUAGAGGAUAUAAUCUUUGUCUGCUUGAAAUAGAUGUCCAACAGCUGUCAAGAGCAGAAAUUAGAAUAACUAAAUCCUCACUUUGUUUCUUAUCCUGAUUAUGUUCUCACUCAUACUUUUGUUGUGGUUUUCCAUUUCAUUUCAUUUUUUCCAAUUCUGUGCUUGUUUAAAAAAGUCAGGGAAGUAUAACUGAAUUGAAACUGUUAAAAAAAAUAAAUAACAUCUUACUCAGAUUUUGAUUAGCACUGGAAAUAUUCAAACAGAACAUGGUGGAUUUAACGGAGUAGAUUGGGAUUAUUCUUCUCCCCUGGCAGUUUAAAAAGAUAACGAAUGGAUAUAGACAGUAAAAACUCAUUUUGUAUUGUUGAAUUCACCCCCUUGCCUUUCCCUUCACUGCAUCACUCAUCUUUUUAAGUUGCAAGCCCUCUGGGUCUUGGACUCUGUUUCCUUUUGUGUUUCCCUAGUGCCCAUUACAAUGGAGGGCAGAAUACAACAGAGGCCUUUUGGCUGUCCUGUAAUGUAAAUAUAUAUUAACAAUGGUAGAGUAUCCCUCUGUCCAUGGGAUGUAGAAGCAUUCUGAAUAUCUGUUGUUUUCCCGAUGACCUUCUAAUCUAAUCACUGUAUCAAAGGACUGACGUCCUGUGUUGUUAGAACAAUUAGGAAUGCAUUAAAUGAGAUAAAAGGAACUUAGCUGCAAAUUCAUGUCGGUACUGGACAACUCUGAUAAUGAUUUUAAUUAAACAGUGCCUCUUUGUUGCUUUAUUUAACUCAUUAGAUGUUAAAUAGAUGCUUUUAUCAACUCGCUUGUAAUUUAAGCCAUUGUUUAUUGCCCAGGACAUAAACUCUCUGAUCCUUGAAGGAAGGCAACUAUUUUGUCCAUGCAAACUGUUCUUGGGACAGUAAUUGGAUUCACUGAAGUAGUGAUGCUUUCUCAAAGUCACAGUACAAAUAAAUAAAUAAAUAAAUCUUAGUCCCUUAGCUUUGACUAUGUCAGAAGUCAUGGAUAAAAUCAAGUGCAUUUCUGCCUGAAACAGUUUUUACCACAAAAGUAUCUGGAUGAAUUCUCAGUGAAAAGACAUGGAAAUAACAAUUAUCUCACUUAGUGUGAUAUUUUCCACAAAGCUAUUCUGUGAAAGGCGCUGGCAGUUGCUCAUGUUACAGAUGGGCUUAUUUCUCAUAACUUGGAAUUUGGACCGUGUGCAGCAUCCUCCUGCAUCGCAGCCUUCCCUUACCCCAGCAGGCUCUGCUCCCAGCUUGCUGUUGAAGUGCAGUGUCCAGCCUCUGAGUUUGAGGGGAAGGAGCAACCAGGGAGGCUUGGCUCCAGUCUGUGCCUCUGUGAUUUCAGAAAGGGAUACUGGCUUGUGGGAUGGUUUAAAGAUAUUCACACAAACUUUUCCUUUCAGUGAAGUUUAAGUGUUGGAAUACUUUUUCUCUCAUCUCUCUCUUUCUCUUUUCAAGAAUGAGGAGCUGUACAGUAGAAAGAUGAGAUCCUUUACUGAGCUACUUUUUAUGUCAGGAAAAGUGUUUUUAU